GCCCAUUCCACCAAUCUCAUCUUAUUAUAAUCAAAACCCAUCAAAGUUCUCUAAUAAACAAUAUUUUCCUUUCUUAGUAAAACAACACCACAUGAUGAUGUGACCCACCUCCACAUGGCCCCUUCUAUCUCUCUUUCUCUUCUCUCUCAUCUUCAUUUGUUGUAUAACCAGUACCCGGUUUUAGAUCACCGCAUCCGAAAGUAACCUUUGACAAGAAAAAUGCAAGGAAAAAAUGGCAAUAUCAACGACUCUACUCCAAGUCUCUCCAAAAUCUCCGAUCCAGGAGGAAUUCUAGUGACCGUCGAUCUAGUUCCAGCUGCAAGGAGACAUAUCUCUUUCCUCACAGCAAUCGCCGAUUCGUCGUGGCUCCAUCACACUCCAACCCUUCUACAAGCUAUUCGAAGGUAUGAAGAGUUUUGGAUGCCAUUGAUUUUUAAUCUCUCCGAUGGAUUAUCAAAGCCACCGAUGCUUUGGCCUCCUAUCGAUAUUGAAUGGGUCUGGUACUGUCACUGCCUUAAUCCGGUGAAUUAUCGAAAAUAUUGCAGGUCGAGGUUCUUGAAGCUUAUUGAGAAACCGGCAAUCUUUGACGACGAGAACGAAGAAUAUGCAUUAAUCAGAUGUAGGGAAAUAUGGACCAUCAGAUACCCAUCUGAGCCGUUCGAUUUAGAACCCGUCUCGGAUACUUUCGACCCAAAUGUUGCCGAUACCGGUCUUUUGGAAAUGGUUAUUAAAUGUGGGUCUUUGUAUUUGAAAUUCUCUGAGCCGUUCAUGUCGGAAACUGUGUAUCUGAUUGCUGCCAAACACAGAUACAAGAGAUUUCUGAGUGUGUUGGAGAGAUAUAGAGAUGAGAACACCACACGUUUGGUGCCCACAUGUGACAUACACUUAAUGUGGAUGACACACAUGAGCUUUCCAUGUCGUUAUGAGGAGGAUUUGAAGGAAAUGGAAGGGGAUUUGGAGAGGGUUGUUGGGGGUUUGGAAGGUGUGAAGAAGGAAGAAGUUGAAGAAACUAAGAAGCUGUGGGAGAGGACGUUUGAUCAGCCAUAUGAGAGAGCUGGGGCCACCUUUGAUUGGAUUUCCUCUAAGAAAUGGCCCAUUAGUUGGGACGUUUUGGAUGCUGAUGUGAAUAGCAAAUACAAGGCAUUGGAACCCAGAUUCUUGCUCGAGGUCUGCAUUUUUGUCAAAGGAAGAUGGACCGGAAAGGAAGUGACGGACCCAAAGACGACGUUCCUCCGCUGUCGGACGGUUAGAAGUCACAGAGAGCUAAAGAUUGACAAGCCCAUCUUGGACAUCUCAUCCGAAACAUGGAGAAAGACGUGGCAUCUCUACUGCGAAUUUGGCACCCGAGGUGUCGUGCUGGAGAUCCGCCAGCGAGGAGGCUGUUUGGGGAGGAGCAAAAUGCAGAAAAUGAUAGUGUUCUUGUGGAACGAUCUGUUACGUGCAACGUCGCUUAUUGUCGUGAGAGAAGUGGAGUGGGACAUGAAAGCUUUGGUGUCGAUCACGCCUCCGGUUCAAGCACCAUACCUGCUGAAGUGUGUGCCUGAUAGAGUGACUGACGAUACGGGCGCCAUGAUCUCGGAUGUGAUACUGAGGAUGAACCAGUAUCGGCCGCAGGAGGGCCGUUGGUUGUCUAGAACUGUGCUGGACCAUGCUGGGAGGGAGUGCUUUGUGAUCAGGAUCCGAGUGGGUGGAGGGUUUUGGAGGAGAGGAGGAGAAACUCCGGCAGCUGUCCGAUGGGAGGACCGGAUCAUAGAGAUCCGUGAAGGUUCAUGGUCAUACGUGGCCGGGUCCGUCGGCACUGCCCCUGAGAAGAUAGUAGGAACAGCAACACCUAAAGAAGAAGAUUCAAGAGAGAAGAAGGCGACAUGGUGUCUGUCGACCGGAGACGUGUUAACCAUCUGUUGGGAAGAGGGACUAAGUUUUGAGCUCGAAAAUGGAUGCUCCGAUGAAUCGGUGAGGCUGUUGCUUGGAAGGAAAUUGCAGUACCAAGUUAAAGAAGCAGAGUCGGGACAUGAAGAAGAUGACUGCGAUGAAGAUGGAUUCAUCACACUUGUGCGGUCCACUCCAGAGAACCCAAAUGGUAGAGCCACAGCUCUGCUGAAUUGGAGGCUUUUCGCGGUGGAGUUCUCGCCUGAAGAAGAUGCAGUGCUAGUGCUACUCUUAUGCAUGGCUAUAAUCCGGACGGUAUCUGAAGUUCGCAGAGAAGAUGUUGGAAGAUUGCUAGUGAGGAGGAGAGAGAAGGAAGCGAAAUUGGGAAGAAGAGACUGGGGCUCUGUAAUGCUACAUCCAUGUUGUUGUUCUUCUUCUUCUUCUUCUUCCGUUCAUCUUCGGCCAUGGUAUUGGAAUGCUAAGGAGGUAUUGACGUCCACGGAAGUUGAUCAUUUGAGACAAUCCAACUAUAGUUAUUCCCCGGCAGACGGCGGGGACGGUCUGUACAAGCGAGGGAUUAUGCCAUGAAGAUUUUCUUUUUAAAGGGUGUGUUUGGUUGUGCCAACUAUUGUGAAAUUUCAUGAUAUUUGGUACAACCAAACACACCAUUAAUGUUUUAAAUCAUAAUCAUGAAUAAUUUUUGGGUUGUUUGUGAUGUUGAAAAGAUCUGUACUAUUUGCAUUUACAUAUAGUUCUACUACACAUAAUGCAAAUACCACUCAUCAAAAUUGUUAGAAUCUAGCUACAUUCUUGAUUCA